AUGCACGUGAACAUUAACAAAUGCGAAGUGAUCACUUUCAGUCACUAUCAUGAUUCGAUCAAUCAUCUGUACAACAUCACCACUACUUCACAGAACCGUGUGCAGUAUGGCGACUUGGGUGUCUUUAUGGAUUCCAAAAUCUGCUUCAACCAAUAUAUCUCCGCCAUUAUCACCAAAGCUUUCUCGAUCCUCGGAUUCAUUAACCGCAAUGCUUCACUAUUCACUGACGUAUACGAUUUUAAGACUGUGUAUACUUUAGUACGCAGUGUUCUACAAUACCCUGCUCCCAAUUGGACCCCCUACCAUAUCCCUAAGGUUAUUCGCAUUCAGUACGAGCGAAUUCAAAAUGCUUUUUACAUUUUGCUCUUCGUCGUCUACCGUGGAAUGAUCCUGUAA